AUGACAGAGAAAAGCGCAUCCGAGAAGACUGCCAAGUCCAAAGCCGACGCAGGGAGGGAUGCGCGCGCAAAGGAUUCGCCAUUAGCAUCUGCGGUCAAGUCCGAAACCACUGGCUCGGGCAGUCACUCCAGUGCUAAGAAGCGUCGCAAGGUCAAUCAUGGUGAGUUGUUCGUUCGCGCACGCAUGCGGCAGGGAUUCGUCACCCUCCACUCCCCCCCCCGCCUGCGCCUGCGCUUCACUGUGGACGUGUGUCUACUGUCGUCGCUCGGUGAGUCCUCUCUUGAUUCAAAUCUCAAUCUCCUCUGGCGCACGCACCCGGUUGUCCUCCGCGACAACAUCCCCCGCCGUUUGGAGAGCCCCUCAUCUCAUCCGCCGAGGGAACCCACGAAACGCCGUGAUCAAGACGAUUCGACCGUGGACGAGCCAGGCUCGUCCAAUAAUGAUCAGGUCAACGUUUCAGGCAUGCCUCAGAAUGUUGACGUCUCGGAUGCUGCCGGCCAGCAAAUCCUCUCCGACGGUGCGAUGGGAAUGCCGCGUUCCACGGUACAGCCGGCGAGUAUUACCUCGUCGGGCCAAGGCCAAGGCCUCAAUGCCAACAACUCUCAGCCCAUGAUGGCGUACAACGACUGGAUGGGUGGACAGAACCAGUUCCAAGACAUGCACUCUCUUCAUCCGUCGUACAUGUUCAAUGCGCCCGAGGUCACGAACGAAUACAAUUUGCUUGGUGAUUUCCUUAGCAACAGUCUGUUAGACGACGGCGCGAUUUUCCCAGAUCAGAACAUGAACGAAAUAUACUCCGAUCCCUCGUUGAUCAAUUCGAUGACCACGUUGGACGUGCCAAAUGGCCUCCCACCCACGCAACUGGCGCCACCGACACAGAGUCAGGCACCGCAUGGGGAUUCCAUCCAACGGCCCACGUCUACUGUUGGAAAUGACAAGGCUCGUGAGACAUACUAUAUGACUGCAGCAGACCCGUCAGGAUCAGACCCACCGGAAGAGCGCAUGAACAAGCUCCUCAAGGCAAAGUACGAUGCUGGUCUACUGAAGCCAUUCAAUUAUGUCAAGGGAUAUGCCAGACUCAACCAAUACAUGGAGAAGAACAUGCACCAAUCAUCCCGACAGAAGAUCCUUCGCCAGCUGGACAAGUUCCGACCGAAAUUUCGUGAGCGCAUGCAGAGCCUUACCGAUAUCGAAUUGAUCCUGGUGGAGAUGUGGUUCGAGCGCAGUCUGAUGGAGUAUGACCGGGUCUUUGCCAGUAUGGCUAUCCCCGCUUGCUGCUGGCGAAGAACGGGGGAGAUCUUCCGAGGAAACAAUGAGAUGGCACAAUUGAUCGAUGUCCCAAUUGAAAGUCUGCGCGAUGGGAAACUUGCCAUCCAUGAGAUUAUCGUUGAAGAUCAGCUCGUCAGCUAUUGGGAGAAGUUCGGUGCCAUUGCCUUUGAUAACACACAAAAGGCAAUGCUCACUAGCUGUACUCUGAAGAGCCCGAAUUCCGACUCAACAGGCGAGGGUAUCCAAUGCUGCUUCUCAUUUACGAUCCGACGUGACAACCAUAACAUCCCCUCUAUGAUUGUUGCCACGCUCAGGCAUCUUCACCCUGUCAUAUCUGACGCCCCACGGGAACAUUCCUGUGAUAUCAUUGAGGAAAACGAAAUCUCCAAAAUAUUCGAAAAUGUAGUCCAGCUCUCUCCAAACUCAAAGCUACCUCCUGCGACGAUCGAAGAGCUUGGUGAAGUUGCUGUGUCACUGCGGAACGCUUGCAGCCAGGCCAUGAAGGCAGAAAAUACACCCAUCGCCAAUGAGAAAUUGUUGCCUCAAGUGAGAGCUACCGUCUUCUGGGCCCUCAAUCUUGCAACCUCGAAGACCGCAUCAGGUCAUACGAAGAUCGUAAGAGCCGCAGCUGCAGCCGCACGCUCCUGCAUAGAAGCAAAUCUGCCGGAUAUGGCGCUGAAGAUUCUUGAGGCCAGUGUGCAACGACUCGACUCUUUGAAAAGCCCUACCCUCUUAAUUGACCAAGACCGACUGAAUGACAUAACUACCGAGUAUUACAUGCUUCGGGUCCGCCUGGAGUUUCUCAAAGGUCGUCCUGAUAUCGCCGAUCAUUUAUUUGCGAGGGCCCCGAUAGCGAAUCGACUCGGCAAUCGAGACCUCGUCAUCGAAACUUGUUAUAUUGCUGGGAUCAGCGCUCUGGUAACCGAUGUUAGUGUUGCUACCGUUUGGCUACGACGAGCUGUUGAGCAAGUCGAAUUGUCCAUUGCGAAGAAUGAGAAAACGCUUGGUGAUAUCGGAAUCUGGAACCUGCGGUGUCGCGCCACACUUGUUCGGGCAUACCUUGCUACGAGGGAGGUUUUCCAAAGGGAAGAAAUCAAAGAGCAGAUGGAGAACCUGAAGAGGAGCAACCGCGAUGCCCUUUCGGUUCUGGUUCUUGAAUUUGAAAUUAUCCGUCACGAGCAAGACUCGAAUUAUCAAAGACUUCUCGAAAUCUUGCAAUCGAUCAUCGAAAUCCCGGACCUGACAGAUGAAGGGUGGGAGCUCCCUGAUUUAGCCACAGAGGCAUUCCAUGCAAUGCUGUCCAAGAUCCCACCCGAUAAAACAGAAUUCAUUGGACGCACAUUCCUCCGACUUGUUUCGAGGUCAAUUUUUCUCGCAGGAAGCUCGAAGACACCCCAACCGUCAUGUGUUCUCGCUGUUAGCAAAGGAGCUCAAAUUCUGGGGAGUCGCCCUGACGUGGAAUUAGGCGAAGAGAUCAUUCAGGCAGUUGCUAUGGUCAUUUGGAAGCAAAUUGAAGCAGAGGUCGAAGCUUCGAACCUCGGCAAUGCAGAACAAUGGUGUCUUCAACUCCUUGAUAAUAACAUCUUCGAUCGUCUAUCUGAUUCCAACAAAAUUGCAGUCGAGAAGAAGUACGCACUCGCCGCUCUAUCCAAUCGUCACGAGGCCGAAGCUCAGAAUUCAAUCUCUGCGCAUCAGGCAUCUCACCUCGUGACGAAUCCAAAGACUGGAGAUCUCGGAACAAAUCCCUACAAGCAGCAUGAGUAUCCGAGCGACGAACUUGAGUCUCUUGCUGUGCGAGCUUUCAACCAGGCCCUUGAUUACUUUUCUGAGGGAAAGGAUGAUGACUGCAUUCGCUGGGCUUCAAAAUCAAUCAGACUGGCUGAAGGAAUAGGAGAUCAAGAAGGCGUAAUCCUUGCAGAGGAAUUCCGGGGUCGGCUCAACAUGUGUUUCUCUUGA